CUACCAUUUAUUCUAUGGUGCUACCACGUGUGAAGCGCGCGUAUUUUGCAGCAGCUCGCACGGUUUACGGCCCUAGCUUAAGUUCUAAGCUCUAGCUGGUCGCCCAGCAUUUCAGAGUAGCGAUUGUACUGCUCGGACGAGCGCUGGCGCUCCCUUCGACCGGAAGCAUGACGGAUAACAGCUACGCUGUCCAGCAUUUUGGCGUCUCGCCCAAGAUUAUUGUUGACUAUGUCUAUGAUAUCUGGUUUAGCUUCACAGAGAAAUGUCUGGAUGACCUCAAGACCGCAUUACAGGACAAGGCAUCUGGCCGCAUUCCUCCUGAUGAGCUAGAAGCAAGUGUGGAGUCCAUCUUUCAAGAAAUGGCCACUGACUUUGACAAGAAGGCUGACAAGUUAGAGGAGUUCAUGCAGCACAUCAUACACGCGCCAUCGCAUGAGCUGCUCCCUGAAGAUGACGUGCAUCGGCAGUUGCCCGACGAGAGGAAGCCGAGCGUGUCCUCCUUUAGGGCACAGCUCGGGUCGCUGCACAGGCGCAUUGCUCAGGAGACUGCACGACAGCAGGCCCUUAAGGAAGAGCUGGCCCGACAAGCUGUUUUGCGAGAACAACUACGAGCCAAGCUGCGGCGCAUUGAGGAGGUGGCUCAGCAAGCAGCUGAAAUGAGCAACAAGACCACCAUGGUGCUAGCAGAGGGUGUUGCCCGCUUGCACCUGGACACUCAAGAUGUUCAGGGACUGUGCAGAAAAGCUGAACGUCUCUGGGAGUCACUGGACAGUGCGGAGACACGUAGAUGCUUCGAUACGGCGGUGCAAGGGAUUUUGUAACUGUUGCUCCCUUUUUCACAUUUGUCAUUACAGAUAAAUAUCAUGUGUAAUAUAGAGUGUCUUCGAGAGUAUUAUGAAACUGGGAAAAUAAAUUGUAUUAGUCAGGUGAUACCUGAACAAAUAAUUGAGGAAUACUAGUCAGGUCUUCCUUAUUGCUUAUUAUUUAUUAACCCUUACAUAGUAUAGCACAGUCAUAGUGCAUGAGACAGAGAGAAAGAAAUAAGUGCUGCUUCUUGAUAUACUUAAGAAACAACUACGAAUUUUGCUAUUGAUUAUUUUGUAUACUUCUUUUACCGAGAUUUGCCAAGGGAGGUACAUUACAUGAUUACUUAUAUUUGUACAUAUCAUUAUAUAGACAUUGGAUGGACCAGAAACUGCAUAAUAAAAUACAAUAGAAUUCCGUUAAUUCGACUCUGGUUCAGUUGAAAUUCGAUCCACGCCGAAGGUCCCGGCCAGUGCCCACGCAUUUCACUGGCCCAAUCUUUCGUUAGUUCGAUCCUAAAAUUGGCCUUUGCCAGAUAAUUGAAACUUGACCUAUCAGCACACACCCGCCUUAUCCCUAGUAACCCCAGUAGCAACACCUUAUAGCGGCAGCAUCAGUCUCGACGGAGCUUAGAGGAAAGUAAAUGCAUUCGACACAUGCCAUGCGUCAUCGAAAACACCUAUUUUCAGCCUUAGCUCACAAUGUCUGACUAUGGUAUUUACCCCAUUCUCGCACGCACCUUUCCUUCUCUAGAAAAUUGGGCCUAAAAUUGGAUAUGCGGUGCAGAUGGAUGCACUCACACACACACACAAAAAAAAAAAAAACCUGCUUUGCGGCAUUCGUGUGCUUUACUGCAUGAUGAAAUGCGGCGAUUUAGGAAACCAAUUGCCAUUAUGUAAUGCAUAUUAUAACCUUGCCUAUAUUACUUGAUAAAAAGUUAGGUGUGCAUUUGGUGUUGGCUUUAUUUAGGAGCUUGAAUGUCAUUUUUAUGUUUGUUUUAUACUUUGGGCACAUAGAAAGUGUGUGUGCGUUUGAUUCGGGGGCGUUAGAAUCUGGCCAAUGCUGCUAGAUGGAUCAGAGGUGUGUUUUGGCAUGUUAUUAUGAUAGUAAUUAUAUGGACACUUCCAGGUGCAUUUCUACCGUCGGCGUGAUGUUCUGUAUAUAGUCUUAAUUGUGAUAACAUCAUGGUCCCACACUGCAUGCUGUAGGUGGGACUGAAAGGGCGGGAGGGUGAGCCGAGGUCGGUGGCUUGAUCUUGGACGAGGAAGGGGGGGGGGGGGGGAGGAUACACGCUGUCUUUCAGUGUGUGCAAGGCAACUGGACGGGGGAGUUUUACUCCAGCGGCAGCUGCUUAUAACUUGGCUGAGCACUGCCACGCGAGUCCUAUCUUGAAAGCAAUCUGUAAUGGAGACAGAUUAGUCUAGCUGCACUGCGGGCUCGUAGCUUCUUGUACGCUGUGUUGUUGCUGCUUAGUUCACAUUAAAGCGAGAGACAGCACAAAGGUCAAUUCGCUUGCUGCUGCUGCCUCUCCUGAGCGAGUGUUCGCAAUAUCGAGUGACAUGUGUUUAUGUCUGUGUGCACUUGGCACCAUGCUUGUUAAUUUAGUUAGCGAAUGUUUGCGAAUUUAUAUGGCCGAUAAAGCUACUAUCCUUACUUCGUAUAGCUGCCUACUAAUUUGCCAUCACAAUUGAUGCUUCACCUGUUGGCUGUGACUGCGACAUUUUUUCGCCAGAUAAUUCGAUCAGUUUCAUUCGUCCUGUCGGGGUCCAAUUAGUGGAAGUCAAGUUUCAAGCAGGGUGCAGCAUCUUCCUUUAUGGUGCCUAAAGUGUAAAGGUGACAGCAUUGUUUCUGUAGUGGAAUAGUAGUCAGUGCUCAUCUAGCAACCGCAUGCUGCAGUACAAGAGCAAACAGCUGAGUAAAGAAAAUAAUACAUUGGCAGAAAAUUCACAACUAGUUUCAGAUAUUGGAAGCCCACUUAACUGUGCUUCACUAUGUGCAGAUGUUGAAAUGUGUGAGCAACAUUCAAGAUUCUCACACCCUUUUAACUGAACAAUUAUGAUUGUAUGUCAUGCCGGGCUAAGUAGAGAACAGUCAAUCUAAACAAGUAUUUUAAACAUUACAAAUAAGGUGUUAAAGUGGGCUAUCUGGUGCGUCUUGGAGCAAAAACAGCGUAAAAGUAUGACAUGAAACAAGAUGAACAUCAGAGCAACGACCUGCAGUUGAUGUUUAUCGCGUGCUACAUGUAGAGUAUGCAUCCAUUGAGUGCGGGAGCUGGCCAACGGUAAGGUGGACUUUAAGAAUGAAAGAUUUAUUUACUUUAAGUACAUGACUUGGAAACAAGUAAAAUAAAAGAGAACAGUCAUCAUUGGCCGGCAGCUAAUUGUGCGCUGUGGCCCACGGCAAGAAGCAUGUCUCUGAACGUCUCUCCCUUUCCAAUGGUUCACUGGCUUAUAACCCCUUCAGUCCAUCGGGGUCACAUCAAACAGGAUUGGAAAGAAGGGCAACACAAGGCAAUGGCAAUUUUGAGAAGGGGAUUAGAUUCAAUUCUAAGUCCAAAAAUGUGGCCAAUUUGUUGAACAGAUUUACUGAAGGGAUGCAAACACAUGCUAUGUUUUUCUUUGUUAUCAUGUGCACUUCAUUAAGGAUAACAUAAACAUUCUAUGACAGUCUAAAAACCAGAGAACAAAUGGCAUAUACUAAGCAUAUAGGAUAACAAAUAAAAGGCACAAGAUGGAUUAGCACAACUUAAAUUAAUCUGUUUUAUAAAGAGGCCAAACUUUUGGAUGUACUAUUUCGAAGUGCACAGCUGGGUUAGUGGCAUUUUAUAUGGAAUCGCAUGUGCAGAUUGCCCUUCCACUUGUCUAGCCCACUUUUCAGUGUAAAUGUAGUAUAUGUAUUCUCUACACAAUGCUCAAUAAACAUUAGGCACAAGUCAA